GGAUGACUCCACUGGGGGAGGCGGCAACGGAGGAGGCGGCGAUGUCCGGGAUUGGCCGGAUGAUGAUGAAGACGGCGACGGACAACGCCGCCCCGAAGGCGCCGAAAGGGCAGGCGUCGGCUCUUCGACGGCUCGACCGUAAGGCGGAGUGCCGACCGGCGCACCAGGCGGCCCAAACGCCGCGCCGAGCGGCCGUUCGGCAACAAGCCGCCCAAGAAGGCCAAGUCGACGGCCGCGAAGGCGGCCGCCACCCGGAGGACCCCAAAGGAGCGCCCAAUGGUGUCCGGGGCUCCCCUUUCCAUAUCGCGGGCUUUGUCCGCCUCGCUGUUCGGACUAGCAGGCGGCUCUGAGGAGGCCCGGCAUGUGGACCCGGCCGCCGCCCUUCGGGAGGCGACAGAGAGGAACGCGCGGGAGGAGCGGGAGGCUGCAGCGCGAGCGGAGGCCGACGCCCAGGCCGCCGCGUCAGUGCAGACGGAGGCACAAGCCGCGGCGGCGGCGCAGGCGAAGGCAGCGACUAAGGCGCAAGCGGAGGCCGACGCCAAGGCCACGGUGAACCCGGCCGGCAGCGGGAUUCCGGAGGCCGCCAACUUGGAGCUGCCGGAGCCGCCGGUUGUGGAGGAUCGGGCGCCGACUGGAGCAGCCGGAGCUGACCAGACGGCCCUGGAGCGGGAGGUGACCGACCCCGUCGUCCCGGAGGCGGAGGUGGCUCAGCGCGCGCCGGGUGCUGGCGAGCGAGGUGGCGACCAUCCCGAAGGGCCGGAGGUGCCGCCAGCCAACACCGGGCUGGUGACGAGCCAGGCCAUGACGCGCGCUCGCCCUUGCGCCCGCGCCAGACGCGAGCGGCCUCAGAGGCUGGUGGAGACCGGGCCCGCGAGCUUGCAGGGGGCUGACAUCGAAGCCACGAGCUCUGCCCCACCAGGCUGGGCGUCAGGAGCCGGCAUUGCCGUCCUGAACCUCGCGGUGCAGGACGUCCUGGACAAGUUUGCCACCCACAGCGCCACCCUCCUGAAGGCGAGGAGCGAGAUGGUGGCGAUGCAGACGUCUGUCCGGGACUACCACAACCUGCGUGCGUCCGCCUUCAACUCCCAGAACUAGGCGCUUGCCACCCGGACCGGCGAGCUGCGGAAGAGCCGAGAGGCUGCUGCCCAUCUGCGGAGUCGCGUGAAUGAGCUCGAGGGCCAGCUUCAAGCCAAAGAGCUGGAGCGUAGCCAGGCGGCUGCGGAGCGCAACCGGCUCGAGAAGGAGCUGACUGACCAGGCGACCCGGCAUACCGAGCAGGUCCGUCUGCUGAAGGCCGAGGAGG